GUUCGAGCCAGGCUGUCGUGACGCGUGUUUCUCGCCAGGCGAAAACCAUUCAGGAGGACAGCCGACCAUACGAAAGACGGAAAAAGAGAGAGGCUUUCGUUGCCUCUCGAGAAGAACGAGAGACUUGUUUGCUGCCACCUGGCAGCUAACAGCGCGGGAAACCGAUCCUUCCCCUUUUCGAUCCUCGAUGAGCGCCGAUCUCGCGGCUACAGUGUCGCUUCUUGGGACCACGAGCGCGGAACCGUUCCCGAUCUAACGGAGUUUGGACGAUAUCGAGAGGAAGAGACGAGUCGAGGAUGAUCGGCAGGACGUGCUUAGUGGUCCUCUCAGGACUGCUGGCUCUUACCCAUGGCUUGCAAUGCCCGAAACAGAAGAUCUCCCCAGGCAGAGAAGUGGUGUGCUACACUUCCGUCUCCGACGUCGAACGGCUAACGGAAUCCGUCUGCAAAUGCACCACUCUGGUGCACCAAGGCCACGAUGUGCGAAAUCUCACGACUUCCGACUUCGAAGACUUUCGGAAAUCGUUAAAAGAGAUCAAUCCGGUCCUUCAGUUCGUGAUUUCUGUGGACGACUCUGGAAAGGCACUCCGAACUUCCGGCACAGUUCGUCAGGAGAUCGCAGCUCGUUUGAUCGGAGCUUUGAAAGAGGUCGACGGGGUGGAGUUGAACAUGACUGCAGGAUCAAAGGAACGUUUGCUACACUUUGUGAAGGGUUUAAAAGACGAACUAGUGAGGAAAUCCUACGAUAAAAGAAUCUUCUUAGUAUUGCCCACUAAAUCGGAGGAUCUGGCCAAACAAUUCGAUCUGAAGGACCUAUCAAAAUACGUGGAUCUAUUCACGUUACCAACUCACUACUUGAUCGAAGAUGACGAGGCUAAUCGUACGUUUCAUCCGUCACGAUUGAUGGGACUCUUCGACAUGUUCAACGCGGACAGCUUGAUCGACUUAAUCAGCGGAUUGGGCGCGCCCAAGAGAAAAAUUCUGAUCUCGGUGCCAGCCAGUGCCUACAAGUUUACGUUGAAGGAUCAGGACGACAAUGCCCCAAGGGCGGCAACUGAGGACUCGCUGCCGGUUAUCAUUGAUCAGAAACAGCUGUGCGAAUUGAUGAGCGGAGGAGAAUGGACUGUCGAGAGAGACGAGGAUCUUACUGCGCCUUACGCGUUUAAGGACAAGUCUUGGAUCGCUUUCGAGGAUAAAAUAUCGGUUUCGAUCAAAGGGAAAUACGUGAUGCUUCGUGAUUUACCUGGAUUGGCUGUACACAAUAUUGAAAAUGACUUUAAGACGAAGUGUGGAGGACCUGUCACACAAGAGGCUUAUCACUCGUUCAUGGACUUCAAGAGGAAAUCGAGAGCUGCUGUUCUGAACGCUUUGGAAGACGAUUUGCAUCAAAAGGAACUUGAAUAUGCAACUCAAGUUAAAUCGUCCGACUUUCGAGUUGUUCGUGUAGUAAAUACAGAAGGACAUAUCAGAGCAGUAAGAGAAAAUACUCAGACAGAAUUCACCUGCUCGAGACAGGGAUACUUCGUUCACCCAAAGAGUUGCAAUAGAUUUUAUCGCUGCGUAAAAUUCAACCAAGAAGUGGAAGACUAUUCCGUAUUCGAGUUCGACUGUCCAGCUGGAUUGUCUUUCGACGAGCGCACAGAAGUGUGCGUAUGGCCAGGAUCGCUGCCUCAAGGAUCUCCGUGUCCAGGAAGCAGCGAAAUCGCACCUGUGGCUAGAGUAAGAUUCGAAUGUCCCAGUAAACCUGGCUACUACGCGGAUCCACAGAAUCCACGAUGGUUCUUCGCCUGCAUCGACUUAGGUGGUCCUGAGACAAUGGCCUACGAAUUCCGUUGUCCGUAUGGUCUGAUCUUCGACGAGCAAAAAUUCAUUUGCGAGUGGCCUUGGUUGGUGCAAGGCUACUCUGAUUCUGGUUACACGAAAUCGCAAUACGACAAUGGAUAUGGCACUGGAUCUACUGUAGGAACUGGUGGAUAUUACACUGGAGGAUUACCUAACGGAUACACAGGAACAACUGGAGCUGGAGUGUACACUGGAUCAACAGGUGGUGUUGGUUAUCACGGUGGUAAUACAGGAUUUUCUGGAGCAGCUGGAGUUGGCUAUACAGGUGGCCAUGGAUCCUCGUUUGGUCAAGGAACAACUGGAAAUGGUUAUGGUGGAUCGGUGGCAGGAGGUCAUGGAGCUACUGGAUACGCUGGAACAGCUGGAUCAGGUGCAGCUGGCCAUGGAUCCUCGUUUGGUCAAGGAGCAACUGGAAGUGGUUACAGUGGAUCGGUAGCAGGAGGUCAUGGAGCUUCGUACGGUGGACAAGGAUCUACUGGAUACAAGGGAACAGCUGGAUCAGGUGCAACUGGUCAUGGAGGAGCAUCGUAUGGUGGACAAGGAUCUACUGGAUACACUGGAACAGCUGGAUCAGGUGCAGCUGGUCAUGGAGGAGCUUCGUAUGGUGGACAAGGAUCUACUGGAUACACUGGCACAGCUGUAUCAGGUGGAGCUGGUCAUGGAGGAGCUUCGUAUGGUGGACAAGGAUCUACUGGAUACACUGGAACAGCUGGAUCAGGUGCAACUGGUCAUGGAGGAGCAUCGUAUGGUGGUCAAGGAUCUACUGGAUACACUGGCACAGCUGGUCAUGGAGCUUCGUAUGGUGAUCAAGGAGCAACUGGACCUGGCGCAGGAGGUCAUGGAUCCACGUUUGGUCAAGGAACAACUGGAAGUGGUUACAGUGGAUCGGUAGCAGGAGGUCAUGGAGUUUCGUAUGGUGGCCAAGGAUCCCCUGGGUACACUGCAGCAACUGGAUCAGGCGCAGGAGGUCGUGGAGGUUACGAUAACCAAGGAAAAACUGGUAGUGGUUACAGUGGAUCGGUAGCAGGAGGUCAUGGAGUUUCUUACGGUGGUCAAGGAUCUCCUGGAUACACUGGAGCAACUGGAUCAGGCGCAGGAAGUCAUGGAGCUUCAUAUGGUGGGCAAGGAGCAACUGGACCAGGCGCAGGAGAUCAUGGAACAUUCGACAACCAAGGAACAACUGGAAGUGGUUACAGUGGAUCUGUAGCAGGUGGUCAUGGAGUUUCGUAUGGUGGUCAAGGAUCUACUGAAGCAGCAGGAUCAGGAUCAGGAGCAGGAAAUCAUGGAGUUUCAUACGGUGGUCCAGGAUCACCAGGAUACUCUGGAACAGCACCAGGAGGACAUGGAUUAUCGUACAGUGGUCAAGGAAGCUCGUUUGGCCAAGGAACAAGUGGCAGUGGUUAUGCUGGGCCAGGAGCAGGAGGACAUGGAAGUGGCCAAGGACCAACAGGAUACCCUGGAACAACUGGAACUGGUUACGCAGGAUCAGUAGGAAAAAGUCAUGGAACCUCAGGUACUGGUCAAGAAACUAUCGAUUUCUCUGGGUCGGACAAAGAAGGUGAAGGAGGAGCUGGACAUGGAGGUUCCAAUGGCCCAGGAUAUAACGUGGUACAAACUACUGGAUACGCUGGAACAGGCGGAACAUUCACUGGCACAGCUGGUCCAAAAUAUCCUGGAUCCAACUAUCCAAGUGGAUCAGGAUCGUCCAAUGUACCUGAUCAAGGAUACUCAGGACCUGGUUUCACUAGUCACGGUACUGGAUCAGGAUAUCCAGGAACGCCUGGGCCCAUCUUCAAGCACAAGCCUGAGAGACCAAACUUCAAUUGUGGCACCCCUUGUUCCGGAGAUACCGAACCGUCAGGUGGUCAAACCUACGUAACAGACGAUUAUCUUUCUACCCACGGUAUUACUUCUGGAUCAAACGUUUACCAAGACACUCACGGAUACAAAGGAAGCUUGAACGUUACCUUACCCGGAGGCCACGUACCUUCCGGAGGAACCACAACGUAUUUCGGAGGUGUGACACCUACCAACGGCUACGUCGUUACAGCAGGAGCUGGUGCUGGCGUUAUCGCAACAGGACCCAACGUUCAAGGAUCGAUUCUCACCGGACCAUCCACUCCUGGAACUCUCAUCACCUAUGGAAGCUCUUCAGGCACGAUCGUUGGAGGUUCUACCGAUCAAGGAAGCAUAGUAACCGGAGGCAGCCAUCCAGGAUACACGAAAACUGGUCCAGGAUCUCCUGGCUAUGUCAUCACCAAUGGAGUCAAGCCUGUGUACCCAUUCUCAGGUGGCCCAGGAACCUCGAUAUACGGAACACCUUCGCCUGGUGUCGUAGUAACCGGAGCACCUGGAGCUGGAACCAUCGUGAAGGGACAAACGAGUCCUGGAAUUCUUCUUACAGGACACACCGCACCUGGAGUGUCUAUCGGUGGAUCGAUCGAGCAAGGAACAGUCGUUGGUUCCACAGGACAUCACGGAUACACUGGUUUCUCGACGCCACAAGGAGGUGCCACUUCGGGAACGAAAACUGGAAGCGUGCCGUCAACUUACAACACCGGUUACAAAACCAACGAGUAUUACGACAACGGAGGACACGGUACCAUUAAGUUCAACAACGGCGAAGUGGCCACGAAAUUCACGGAGAACGAUAUUCCAGACUACAGACCAGCUGGAGGCACAAUUCCACCUGACACUCUGUUCCCUGGAGUUACAGGAGGUUCUAGAGUGUCUACUCCAAGUGGAUUCACAAAGACUGGCCCUACCAAGACAGGAUUCACCACUGCUACUCUAGGAGCUGGUGGAAGCUACGUGAUCAGCACAGGAAGUACGUAUCCCACGCCUAAUCCUGAUCACAUUGGCGCGAAUGCGUUCCAAGGCAGCGGACCUGGAUACACGAAGACAUCUACCGAGAGUAGCUUCGACAGCGUAGACUCGAAGGUCACUCUUGGACCUUCUCAAGGCUACUCGUAUCCUACCCCUGGUAUUGCGUUCGAAACAGGAGUGACGAAAAAUUUGCCUCUCUCUUCGACGGAUGGCGGUCUCUACACUGCGACUACUCCGACGCCUUUCUUGAACGUCGAAGUGUACAACACGCCGAAAUUCUACCACAGACCCAGUGGAUUCACUCGUGGUCCUGUUCCAAUUUCUACGCCAGUGCUUUACACGACUGGACCCUUGGAGAAUUACAAGACGACUCUUCUCCAAGCAGCCAAGAUCCCACAUACCAUUUCCACCGUGCAACCAGUGUUCGAUAAUGGAUACGAGACCAUCGUGUCUUCGACGCCAGUGCCUGUCACCCUAACUCCGAACAAGUACAGCGGUGUCCAGACUGGAUCGCAGUUUGACUAUGGAACGAAAGCUUCUCAGCAGGAUGUGUACCAAGAUAGAAAGAGCUACUAUUCCAGCACGACACCUUCGUCGGUGUUUGGAGGAUCGUCGACCUAUUCCCCUGGAAAUCAAUUUAAGUAUGGAACUACUGCCCCAUCUGGCUCCGCAUACUUCGGUUCAACCUCGAAGAGCGUGUUUGGUCAAAGCGUGACACCUUCCAGCGUCUCAGAGUCGCUAAAGCCACAGACUCAGUACCUGCCAGGUGGCUCCAUUUCACCAGCAAUCGGUGUAACCUACAGAAAACCAUUCCCAUUGUCCAACGAAGCCUUCCAACAGUCCACACCGAUCAGUCCCAUAGAAUCUAGCACCGUUAGCGGUGGUUCUCCCACGAACAUAGCUAUUCCUAGAGACGAAGUCGGAAAGCUCAUCACGAAUUACAACAGAGGCACCACUAAAUACGUUCCAAACGAAUACGACGUCUACAAGACAGGAGGUUACUCCAAACCCACUUCCAUUCUUACCUACCAAACUACCGGCAAAUCCACAGCCGUAGGCAAGGGCAAGGUGAUCGUGAAAUGGAGCGAUCUUCAUCCUCUCCUCCUCGGCAAACUCGGAGCAGAGUGCACCUGCAGAGGAGAUCCGUUCGCCAAUCUCAGAGGUCCAGGUUCCAAGUUGAUCAACUCCUCCAAGGGUAAAGUAGACUUGUCGAAUUACGACGAAUCGGAGAUCUACGUGGAUCUAGAGAAAGAAGGUUCCUACGACGACGGAGAUUACUCGAACAACCGUGAAUCGUCUUCGAGUAAACCGGUUAAGAUCUGGAACGAGUACUCUUCCCAAUUAGCUCUGAACGCUGCGGACGCUCAAACUCAGGAAAAACUAUCUUCGACUUAUCUACCUAGCGUUACACCAUCGGUGAACCUUGCUCCUCAUGCCAGUGCUUCGGCAUUCGCCUCCAGUCGUGGAUUGGCUGCUAAUCACAGGUCGGGCAAAAGUCUGAGCAACGUUGGAUCUUCCGCCAAUUCGUUCGUAACUCGUCCUAGCUUCGAAGGAGACGGCACGUCGGAGGAGAUCCUCGAAGGACCCACACAUUGCGCCAGACCUGGCCUCUUCAGACACCCGAACUUCUGCAACAAAUUCUACGCCUGCCAUUGGGACGAGUGGAAGAAGAAGUUCACGCUUCAUGUGUUCAGCUGCCCUGUGCAUUUAACUUUCGACACCGGCGCGACAGCCUGCAACUGGCCCAGCAUGGGACCAGCCUGCCAGGACGAUAAUUUGUUAGUGGUGGUGUGGUCGGUGUUGCUACUAGCAACAGUUCUUCUGGCGGAGGCAGCGAUACCAGAUCCACCAACUUCCGGUAUCACGACCGUCGGCUCUUUGAAACUAGCUACAGCUGCUGACUGUGCUGGCGUUGUUGCUUUCUCGGCAACUCAGGCUUCUGUCGACCAUGCCAAAGUCGUGCUAGCCGAGACACUGGUCGACAAAGGCGUGGGUUACGUCGCCCAAACAGGAAUUUUCAUCACCCAUUGUCCAGGCCUCUAUCAAUUCAGCUUCGCCGGAUAUGGAAGCACCGAUCUUACUCUCACACUGAAAAAGAAAUCGAGCAACGCUGACAACUGGAGGCCUGUGGUCAGCGCUGGUCCAGGAGGUGGUGCUAAUUUAGUCUUGCUGGAUCUCGAAGCUGGUGAACAACUCGCUGUUUUCGUCGACACUGGAAAGAUAACAGACGGUGUUACGUUCUCUGGCUACCGAAUUGCCAAGAAAUAAUUCGCUAAUUUUCGACAAUCAAAAAAAAAAAAAAAAAAAAAAAAAACCAC